AUGGCCGCUGAAACCUCUAUGCCGGUGAGGAAACGACGUUUGCUGGUACAUUUCAUCACGGGUCUGGUUAUUGGCGCCCUGCUAGCCGUAGUCGUUUCGUUUUGGCGCCCAUAUCGCCGCGAACUCAUCCAAGCUAAUACACGCUAUAGGCAGAGUCACAUGGUUGCGAUGAAAAACGAUAAUAACAGCAUACCGACAGACCUGAGUCAAGCGGUACGUGUGCUCUGUUGGAUCGUGACAAAUCGGGAGCAUCAUAAAUCUAGAGCACAGCAUGUAAAACGUACAUGGGGACGACGCUGCAAUAAACUAAUCUUUGUGAGCUGGCAGAAUGAUCAAGAAUUGGGAAUUAGGCAGGAAGACUCGUUAAAUUCAUGGUCAAAAAUACAGGCGGUGCUUAAAUAUAUACACGCAAACCAUUUGGACGAAGCGGAUUGGUUCUUUAGGGCGGAUGAUAGGACUUAUGCAAUUAUGGAAAAUAUGCGAUACUUUCUCCAUACCUAUUCGCCGGAGACGCCUAUAUAUUUCGGGCACAAAGUUAAGGAUCACAUUUCCGCUAAUGCUGGCUAUGUGCUUAGUAAAGCGGCGCUUUGGCGUUUCGUCGAAAAAGCUCUACCAAAUGACAAGCUUUGCAUUCGGAACAGCACCCGUACAGAGACCGUGGAGCUGGGUGAAUGUCUGAAGAACGUUGGUGUAAUGGCUGCCGGCUCACGUGAUCAGCAUGGUUGCGCCCGUUUUGUAUCAUUUCAUCUUAAUAAAUACCUAACGUCUUGGCGUAGGGAUUACACCAUCUUCAAAAGCGCAGAGGACUUAACUUGCUGCUCGCAGACAGCCAUUGCCUACAAUUUCGUCUUGCCGUAUAAAAUGUAUUUACUGGAUCAUUUCAUAUAUCACAUGAGAACCAACAAUACCGUAAUUGCACCAAUAUCACUGCCGUUACGUUGA